AAUCCAGAGCUGAAAUUCGUUUCUCCAGUUCGAGGCCCCAAAGCUGGAGGAACCAACCUCACGCUGACCGGAUCCAAGCUACUGACUGGAAAUCCCAGCAGAAUCAGCAUUUGGGUUGGACACUUCCCUUGCUACAUUCAUUCUGAGAUGCAGGAGCAUGAAUUGUUAUGCCAGACAAGUGCCAGCAAUGUGUCUACAGAGUUUUCCAUCACAGUCAAAUACGGCCAUCAAGAAAGGAGAUUGGAGCAUUCCUUCUUCAAAUACACCCUCGACCCCAACAUCACCUAUGCAGAACCAGCCAAGAGUUUCCAGAGUGGCGGGCGAGAGAUAAGAGUUCGAGGGCAUAACCUCGAUGUCGUGCAAUGGCCAAAAGUCCGGGUCACCAUUUCACCCUUGGAGCGCCGACGUCGGGGAGUGGGAAGAUGGCGUAGGAUUAUUCCAGAAACAGGAUGUCUAGAGAAUGCUCUCUGCAGUGUCCAGCAAUUAAUUCUAGAGGGAUCCCAGUUGGAGAAUAAGAACCAUGUUCUCCUCCAAGAAAAUGGCGGGCGAGAGAUAAGAGUUCGAGGGCAUAACCUCGAUGUCGUGCAAUGGCCAAAAGUCCGGGUCACCAUUUCACCCUUGGAGCGCCGACGUCGGGGAGUGGGAAGAUGGCGUAGGAUUAUUCCAGAAACAGGAUGUCUAGAGAAUGCUCUCUGCAGUGUCCAGCAAGGAGAAAAUCUGGAUCUAGCCAUUUCUAAAGAUGAAGUAAAAGCCAUGAUUGGAGUUGGGGUCUGCUCAGUCAAGACCCUAACGAAGAACCACCUGUAUUGUGAGCCUCCUACUGAACAGCCGGCCCCUCAACACCGGGCUAAACGGGAAGGUAUCGACUCUCUGCCAGAAUUUACGGUUCAAAUGGGAAACAAGAACUUCUGGCUCGGGCGUGUGCAAUAUGACACAGAGAGCCAGCUCACUUUCCCCCUGGAGGCCCAGAUUGGCUUGGGAGUGGGCACCUCUUUCGUAGCUUUGAUUGUACUCAUCAUCGUCUUCAUCUACAGGCGAAAGAGCAAACAAGCCCUGAGGGAUUAUAAAAAAGUUCAAAUCCAGCUCGAAAAUCUGGAAACAAGUGUUCGGGAUCGGUGCAAAAAGGAAUUUACAGACCUCAUGACUGAAAUGAUGGAUCUCACCAGUGACCUGGUUGGCACCGGGAUUCCUUUCUUGGACUACAAAUCCUAUGCAGAACGGAUCUUCUUUCCAGGCCACCGGGAGUCCCCACUGCAAAGGGACCUCGAUGUGCCUGAAUCUCGCCGGCAGACAGUUGAACAAGGCCUGGUGCAGCUCUCCAAUCUCCUCAACAGCAAGCUCUUUCUCACCAAGUUUAUUCACACCUUGGAAAUCCAGCGUACCUUUUCUCCAAGGGACCGGGCUUAUGUCGCAUCCCUUCUCACAGUCGCCUUGCAUGGGAAGCUUGAGUACUUCACCGAUAUCCUCAAGACUCUCUUGAAUGACCUGGUAGAGCAAUACGUAGCCAAGAACCCAAAGCUGAUGCUGAGAAGGACAGAAACUGUGGUUGAGAAGCUGCUGACCAACUGGAUGUCCAUCUGCCUCUACGCAUUCGUCAGGGACUCUGUUGGGGAGCCCCUCUAUAUGCUCUUCCGGGGUAUCAAGCACCAAGUAGACAAGGGCCCCGUUGACUGGGUAACUGGGAAGGCAAAGUACACCUUGAAUGACAACCGACUUCUCCGAGAAGAUCUGGAAUAUCGCACGCUGACAUUAACAGCACAAUCGCAAGCCGGAAACACAGUGGGAGGAACGGAGGGCAGCCAGGGAGUGUUGGUGAAGGGUCUGGAUUGCGACACAAUCACCCAAGUGAAAGAAAAGAUCCUGGACCAGCUCUACAAAGGGACACCUUAUUGCCAUCGACCUGACUCGGACUCACUUGACUUGGAAUGGCGGUCUGGACUGGCUGGGCAUCUCAUUCUCUCUGACGAGGAUGUGACUUCAAUUAUCCAGGGCAGCUGGAAGAGGCUCAACACACUGCAACACUAUAAGGUGCCUGAUGGAGCCACUGUUGCCCUAGUCCCUCGUAUGACCAAACACCUUCCCAGGGAGAAUCAGGAUUACAUCCCUGGAGAGAAAACUCCAAUGCUGGAGGAUGCAGAUGAGGGUGGCAUGAAGCUUUGGCACCUGGUGAAAUCGACCGAGGAACCUGAGCUGCCUAAACAUCGGCGAGGGAGCCUGCGGGAACGGGAGAGAGCCAAAGCGAUUCCAGAGAUCUAUCUAACGCGCCUCCUUUCCAUGAAGGGCACACUACAGAAAUUUGUAGACGAUUUAUUCCAAGUGAUCCUCAGUACCAAUCGUCCUGUCCCUCUGGCUGUGAAAUAUUUUUUUGACCUGCUAGAUGAGCAAGCACUGAAUCAUGGGAUCACAGAUCCAGAAACCAUCCACAUCUGGAAAACAAAUAGUCUGCCUUUAAGGUUCUGGAUCAACAUCAUCAAGAACCCCCAGUUUGUGUUUGAUGUGCAAACGUCAGAUAAUGUGGACGCUGUGCUCUUGGUCAUUGCUCAGACUUUCAUGGACUCCUGCACCCUUGCUGACCACAAACUGGGUCGGGAUUCCCCAAUUAACAAGCUGCUCUAUGCCCGUGACAUUCCACGCUAUAAACAGAUGGUGGAAAGGUACUAUGCAGAUAUUCGCCAAACCAUCUCAGCCAGCGAUCAAGAGAUGAAUUCUGCCUUGGCAGAGUUGUCACGGAAUUACUCAGGUGAACUCAAUUCCUUGGUGGCUCUGCAUGAACUCUACAAGUACAUCAACAAAUACUAUGAUCAGAUCAUCACAGCCUUGGAGGAAGACCCGAUCGCACAGAAAAUGCAGCUGGGGUAUCGCCUGCAACAGAUCGCCGCAGCCGUGGAGAACAAAGUCACAGACUUGUGAGGUGUCCAAGGGACAGUUCGGGUAGAAAGAAAACAGACAGCACCCACCGCCGUCCCAACUGAGGCUCUAUGCUGAGGUGGAGAGAAGCAGCAGCAGAAGCAGCAGCAGCAGAGGGUCAGGAAAUGCCAAGGGCGAGGAGGUGCCAGAGAACUACUUUUUUUUUAAACAGACUCUUUUUUAAAAAAAAAAUAACACUUAAAGUAAAACGAUAAUAAUGAACUUGUGCCCAGAAGCCGAAAGGCUCCAUCAGAUGAACUGAGCCAUUUUCAGCCAGGAGGCCAGAUGUUAUGAAUGUGCCAAGGAGAGUUAGAGAACAGUGCAGCUGUGAGGGAUGCUGGAUCUUCACACACACACAAACACAGACAGAGAGACAGACACACACACGCCCUGUGAAGAAAGAGGUGGGAACCUGAACUCUCAUGGAGCUUCCUAUGGACUUUCUUGGAUUCCUUAGCGAGAGCAUCCUACUGGCUCAACAUGGGGAGAUUCACCCCUGUCCUCCUUGCUGCGCUUGGGAGUCUCAACACCCAGCGAGACGUACUUUCCUCUGGAAUGAUGGGGGGCGAGCCAAGACGAACACAACGGACAAAGGAUACAGGCAGAGGAAGGAAGAUCCAUCUCCCAACUGGCAGAAAUCCCUGAAAGAUUGGGGGGGAAGGGAAUCGCCUCCCUUCCUCCCACCUACCCCCUCAAGACGGUCCUGAAGUUCCCUGGGCGUGUGUACCUUCCUGUGGCUGCUGCUUCCGGCCCUUGCCCCGCUCUGCUUUCCUCAAAGCACAAACGACACGACCACCACUGGCCUUGCCUUCCCCGACAAUGAACCGGGGGGGGGGCUGCCAAUCGCUCUGCAGAGAAGAGGGGAGGCCUGUAGGAGCUUCAAGGUUUUGAGGUCCCUCCCUUGCCCCUUUGGGCUAGCACUUCUUGAGUAAACCCCCUUCCUCCUGAGAGGUUCCUUCUUCCUAGGCACCUGAUUCCACCCUUCCUCCCCCUUUAGAGACUUUCCCACCUUUUUUUCAGACGCUUCUCGGAAGGAUGACAAAGCUGGGGAUUUGCCAGCUUUGAUUUUUCUCCUUCACCCUGGCAGGUUUUGCUAUUUGUAUGCCCAUUUGUUGCUAUGCUCUCCUCCUCCUCCUCCCCCCCCUCCUCCUGUCUCUUUGAGAGCAGCUAGAUUUACAGGCAUUGGCAGACAGUAAUGUUGAUCUCCAUGUCGUGACAGGCACCGCCUGCUGAUUUUUGUAACUUAAUCUGCUAUUAAAGAACAGGGGUGGGGGAGCCAAGCAGAGCGCACACACACACACACACACACACACACACACAAUUUUCUGGGGCCAGCUUUAUUCUGAUUAAAAUUAAACCUCAGUGAUGGGUUGGUGCGUUGCCUAAUUGUUCCCCAGUCCUUUCUAUUGAGAGAUGAGGUGAGCUCACCAGCGCUCUUAAUUUCAUUUCCUUUGUCUCUCUUUGUCUCUUCUCUUUGUCCAUUAUCUGUUAGUAACCCAAAUCCAGGGGGAAAAGAACCCUUCCGUGCUCCAGUCAGCUAUGCUCUGAUAGAUUGGGAUCUUUCCUCAUUACUAGUUUAAUCCAAUACCAGAAAUAAUUUCAUUUUGUCAUUCGGUAUCACAGGCUUCUUCAGAGCUCUGCAAACCCUCUAGUACAGGGGCG